UCGGUUUUUCUGAACGUCCGGAACUGUGUUCGUGCGAAGAAACGUGACUGAAUUUGUGUGAUAACCGAGGAGAAGACUGUUAUGCAGGGUAUUGCAUAGUGAAAUAUACUGAAUAUCGCGCGACGGAAUGCAGUUACGGAAAUAAGAAGGCGGAGUCGCAGGGAAAUAAUUAUUUCAUUGUACGGUCACCCCGGCACCGGUACAUCAAUCUGCUUCAGACGAAGAUUGGUUAUUGUAAAAAUGGCGGCCGAAAUGUUAAACAAGAACCGAAUGAUGGUUUUUAAGAACAAAGGGAAAGAUCAGGAUGAAAUGCGUAGGAGGCGGAAUGAAGUAACUGUAGAAUUACGCAAAAAUAAACGAGAAGAAACUUUACAAAAAAGGAGAAAUGUACCAGUUGCAGAUUCUACUGAUGAGGAUGAUAUCGAUAAGAAUUUAUCCAAUAUGGAUUUGAAUGAUUUAGUACAGAAAGCAGGAAGUUCAGAUCCAGCUGAGCAACUACAAGCUGUACAGUCGGCUCGAAAGUUGCUUUCGUCAGAUCGUAAUCCACCUAUUGACCCAUUAAUUGAGAGUGGUAUAUUACCAAUAUUAGUUCACUGUUUGGAACAGCAUGACCGCCCAUCAUUACAAUUUGAAGCUGCAUGGGCAUUAACGAAUAUAGCAAGUGGUACAUCGGCACAAACUCAAGCAGUUGUCAAAGCUGGAGCCGUUCCGCUCUUCCUGCAUUUGCUUUUAUCGAACACACAAAAUGUCUGUGAACAGGCGGUUUGGGCUCUAGGAAACAUAAUUGGUGAUGGACCAACUCUGCGAGAUUACGUUAUCAAUCUUGGGGUAGUUCCACCACUUUUAACAUUCAUCAAGCCAGACAUACCUAUCACGUUUUUACGUAACGUAACGUGGGUAAUUGUUAAUUUAUGCAGAAACAAGGAACCACCACCACCUGUUCAGACAAUAAAGGAUAUAUUGCCUGCACUCAAUUUACUCGUACAUCACAAUGAUAUUAAUACCCUUGUCGACACCGUCUGGGCAUUGAGUUACCUUACCGAUGGAGGGAAUGACCAGAUUCAAAUGGUAAUAGACAGUGGCGUUGUACCAAAGCUGAUUCCACUUCUUUCACAUAAAGAAGUAAAAGUUCAAACUGCUGCCCUGAGGGCGAUUGGUAACAUUGUCACAGGCACUGAUGAACAGACGCAAGUUGUUUUGAAUUGCGACGCGUUAUCUUAUUUCCCAAAUUUGCUCAUUCAUUCUAAAGAAAAGAUUUGUAAAGAGGCUGUAUGGUUUCUUUCUAAUAUUACCGCCGGCAAUCAGUCGCAAGUACAAGCUGUCAUUGAUGCUGGUUUAUUGCCGCUCAUUAUUCAAAAUCUUUCAAAGGGAGAAUUUCAAACACAGAAGGAGGCUGCAUGGGCAAUUAGUAAUUUAACGAUAAGCGGUAAUAAGGAUCAGAUUGCACGACUUAUUCGGGAAGGAGUAAUUGCACCAUUUUGUAAUCUCCUCGUAUGCAAAGAUACACAGGUUGUACAAGUUGUGCUCGAUGGAAUUCAUAACAUGCUUAAAUCUGCCGGACAACAGGUCGAACAGUUAGCAAAUAUGAUCGAAGAAUGUUCAGGUUUGGACAAAAUAGAAUCGUUGCAGAACCAUGAAAAUGUGGACAUUUAUAAGUUAGCAUAUGACAUUAUUGAGCAGUACUUUUCGGAAGAAGUUGAUGGCGCAGGCUUAGAAACACAUGCUACCGAGGGUGCAUUUGAGUUUGAUCCAACGACGACUAUUCCAAAUGAUGGUUUUAAAUUCUGAGACGGCCUCCAUUUUUCCAUCGAAUUUUGCCGUCCCCCGACAAACUCCAGCGAGGAGCCAUUCUGCUUUUCCUUCAAUUCUUCGGCAUGACCCUCUUGCUCCAUUGACACGUUGCGUCAGUAAUACGCAGCAGCAAAACACAGGACUUCGACUUCAAUCGACUCGAAGACAGCGCGAAUACGACUGGCCUGCCUGUGUGUAGACCUCUUCUUUGGUCAGCACUCUGAGAGAGUACGAAGUUUAUGGAGAAACGAUUCAUAACAAGAAACUAGAUUGUAUUGUUUUCCAUCGCAUUGCUUUUAUUGCGAUAGAAAUUACAUUUAAAAAAAAAAGUGAACUAUUUGAAGAUAUACAAAUUAUUUUGUGACACUGCUAUUGGAGACUAUCAUUUGACAGAUCAAGUAAAAGAAUUUUGUUUCGUCCAUCCAUGCUGCUCUCUACUCUCAUUCUAGGACCGAGGCUUGGUUAACGAUGUUACAUUUAUAAACGAUUCGUGUAUAUUUUAGGCAUGUUAAAUUUAUAACGAUAUUGAUUACUAAAUAAAUUGAUUAACUACUCUUAAUUAGUAUAAAGAAUAAUUAUGGACGUUCUGUAAGAAGGCGCAACAAUAAAAUAGUAGUGUAAAUUC